AUGGAAUUAGCAAAUAUUUCCUCAAUAAAAUCAAAUAAAAUCAAUAUUUCUCAAGAACAAAGACAAAUAUUAUUUCGUUGGUGGAUUGUUCUUCCUAUUAUUAUUAUUUCUAUGACAACAGCAACAACUGAUCCAAUUCUUCUUAAUGAUCUUAUGAUUCGACGUUAUCAAUUAGAAUAUGGUCUUGUUAAUACAAGUUCACCAGCAAGUGAAACAGCUUGUAAUGCAGAAGAUCUUCAAAAUGAUUCACAAAUCGUUCAAUUAUCUACCGAAGUACAAAAAUCAGUUAGUCAUUUAAAUAUAAUAAUGGCUGGUGUUGGAGCAUUACCAGCUGUUUUAACAUAUAUAAUUCUUGGUGCUAAUUCUGAUCGUAUUGGACGAAAACCUCUUUUAAUUUUGCCAUGUAUUGGAAGAAUCGUUCGAUUUACUAUAAUAUUAUUACUUGUACAGUUAAAUCUCAGUGAUAUUUGGCUUAUUAUAUCAAAUGUAAUUGAUGGUUUAUUUGGUUCAAAUAGUGUACUUCUAUUAGGAGCUAUUGCUUAUAUAACUGAUUGUACAACAGAAAAUCAACGAUCACGUGCUAUGUUAUUAGAAGAAGCAGCAGUUGCUCUAACGCGUAUAUUUCCUUUAUUAGGUAUUGGCUUUUGGUUACAACAUCAUGGUUAUACAUUACCCAUAUCAAUUAAUUUAGGUUUAAAUAUAGCUGCAUUAAUCUAUAUAAUACUUAUUCAACCUGAAUCACGUGGUAAUAAUAAUCGAAAAAUUUCUUAUUUAUUAAAACAAAUAAAACAUAUACGUUUAUCACCUAUACAUGGUACAUAUAAAGUAUUUUUAAUAAAACGUACUGAAAAUAAUCAACGAACAAUUAUAUUAUUAACAUUAACACAAAUUAUGUUAUUUAUUAUUUUAUUUGGUUUUGUUAGUAUUCAUCCACUUUAUCUUUAUGGAAAACCAUUAUGUUUUAAUAUAUUAGAUUUAGCAAUAUUAACAAGUGCACAAUUUUCUUUAAUGAUAUUUAUAUCAAUUAUUCUUAGUUUAUGGCAAAAUAGAUUUACUAAUUCAUUAUUAUUACCAUUUAUUGGAAUAUUAAUGUAUAUUAUACAUUUAGUUCUUUUUGGAUUAGCUCGUACUAUUUGGUUUCUUUAUCUUGCUGUAUUUAUUGGAUGUUUAUUUUUUGUUGUUAUGGCUGUAUUACGAUCACAUUUAACAAAAUUAGUUAAUGAUAAUGAAUAUGCACUUGUUUUUAUUGCAACUGGAAUAGUUGAAACUAUUGGAUCAUAUGUUAUUGGAAUUAUUACUAAUGUAAUAUAUGCUCGAACAAUUGAAAUAUAUCCUGGUAUAAUUUUUUUUAUUUUAUCAGGCAUUGGACUUAUUCCAUUAGGUAUUAAUGGAUUUCUUCUCAUAUGGCCAUUAUAUAAACGAAAAACAAUAACUGUGAUAAUUAAUGAAGAAAAUUUAAGAAGUACAACAUGUAAUAAUUCUAUUAUUGAAACAAAACUUUAA